GUUCACCGAAAGUUAAACAAAGACAGAUGAUGCUUGCGAGCGUCAAGUGGAACGCGUCCAUUGUAGAGCUGUCCACAGACUUUUAUAUAUAUAUAGAAGUCUGUAGAGCUGUCAAUUAAACAUGGUUAUGUCCUUACAGUCUAAAUAAAUGCAUAUUAUUAUUUCUGGUGAUCACGAUGGUGAGGCACUGUUCAGUUAGCGGCUGUAAUGUAAGGGAAAAGCAAGGUCUUAUGUUGUUUCGAUUUCCGAGAGAAUCAGAAAGACGCGCGAAAUGGAUUUCAUUGGUGAACCGGUCAAAUUGGCAACCACAUGCAAAUAGCACACUUUGCGAAAUUCAUUUUGGCAAAGAUCAGUGGGAGCAAAGGAGGGAAGAUGGUUCAAGAAAGUUGCAGUGCUCGGCUAUUCCAUCGUUAUUAUCUUCAGAAGAAAAUUCUUCGCCUGUCCCUUACAUCCCUUUUCUCGAUGAGCAUAACUAUUGUCGCUUGUCCAGUGUUCCAACAGUCAUUUCCCAUGCUCCGAUACUUCUCCCCCAAUCACGAAGCCUCUCCAAGGAUGUCUCUAACAUAAAUGUGAAUAAGAUUUCUAUCCAUCCAGUAACUUUUGUCACCUCUGUCAAUUUAGCCAAGAAAAUAUCUGCAUCAGAAACACAGUCGCCCGCAUCGUCAUCAGUUACAGAUAGAACGAAAAAAGAAACCGUGGAAGCUUUAAAGCGGCGAUUAGAGUCAAAAGAAAAAGAAUUAGAAGCACUCCAGACAAAACAUGUUUCUAUGCAAAAGAUGGCAGAUAGAGUUUUCAACAGUUAUCGUAAUAUGAGAAGGCAACACGAAAAAACGAAAAUAGAGCUUAAAAGACUCGAAAAUUUCCAUCGUCGUAGCUAUGGAUUAUUGGCUGUCAGAUUGCGCCAAGACCAAUGGAAGGCUCUAUGUUCAAAGACUACAAGAGGAAGAAAGUGGAGCACUCCAACCAUUACCGACGCACUAGUCUACAAAAUGAAAUGGGGCACGCAAGGCUACUCGGACUUUGUCAGGGAGUUUCCAAUUUUUCCUUCAGUUAGAACACUUCAGAAAGCAGUUUAAGACAUAAGCUGUUAUCACUAAUGUAAAUUUCCAUAAAAUAAAGAAUUUAUUGCGGAAA